AUGCCGCCAUCAGCUACCAACUUAACUAAUGAUGAACAAAUGCUUCUUGUCAAUGAAUCACUCAAUACUAUAAGACAGCAAACUAUUCAGAUGAAGAAGUUGUUGGAUGUGAAAGGAAAAUCUAUGGAAUCAUUGAAACCUGCUUCAACUUUGCUAUCCGAAUUAAGAACUUCUAAUCUAUCUCCGAAAAAUUAUUAUGAGCUCUAUGUUUCAAUCUAUGAUUCUUUGGAAUAUUUAGGAAAUUAUUUGAAAGACAACUAUCCAAGCAAGAAUCUCAGCAACCUUUAUGAGUUGGUUCAGUAUGCAGGAAAUAUCAUUCCCAGAUUAUAUUUAAUGAUUACCGUUGGCACAGUUUUUAUGUCUGUUCCUGAUGCUCCUGUUAAAGAAAUUAUGAAGGACAUGAUUGAAAUGUGCAGAGGUGUCCAGCACCCAAUCAGAGGUUUAUUUUUGAGAUAUUACCUAUCCCAAAGAACUAAGAACUUAUUGCCAAUCUUUAACGAUCCGGCAAAUGGAACAUUACAAGAUUCAGUCAACUUCAUCAUUACGAAUUUCAUUGAAAUGAACAAAUUGUGGGUCAGACUACAACACCAAGGUCAUUCAAAAGAACGCAAGAAGAGGAUCCUGGAAAGACAAGAGUUGCAAAUUUUAGUGGGUUCCAAUUUAGUUAGGCUCUCCCAGUUAGAAGGGGUUGAUAAACAUUACUAUAAAGAAACUAUUUUACCAGCUAUUUUAGAGCAAAUAAUUCAAUGUCGUGAUAUGAUCGCUCAAGAAUAUCUUUUUGACGUGAUCAUCCAAGUUUUCCCAGAUGAGUUUCAUUUAUACACUUUGAGGGAGCUUUUGGACUCCACCAUCAGCUUAAUUCCCCAAGUGAGCUUGAAAAAAAUUUUAAUAACUCUUCUAGAAAGAUUAACCACUUACAUAGAUAGAGAAAGCUUGGACGGAAUUCAGGCUCUUACCAUUAAUGGGAAGACCGAUGAUGAAGAGGGAGUAGAGGGCGAUGAAACUGCUGAAAAGACUCAUAACAAGAAAAUUCUAGAAAAGGCCGAAGAAAAAGAGGCUACUGUUACUGAGGGAACAGCAACUGAAGAGUCUAAAACACAAACCAAAGACGAGAAUAUUGAUGUCGAGGCAUUGUUUAAUAUUUUUUAUUCACAUUUCAUCAAAUUAAAUAAAGUUAGACCAGAUUUAACGAUCGACGAUAUCACAGCGUUAUAUUAUUCAUUACUGAAAUUGUCUUUGUCAUACUAUCCAGAUAAUUUUGAAAAUGUGGAUCUUAUUUAUUCUGAAACGCUAAACAGAUAUAAUGAGCUCAAAGAUACCGUGGAAUCGUCUAAUGCUUUGACGGAAGAAAAUUUGAAAAACAUUUUGUUGCUUCCGCUUAAUUUUUCAUCCUUAGUCUCUAACGAUGUGUCAAAAAAGGAAAAAUUAAACUUGAAGUUGUUGCUUAAUUUAAAAAAUUAUCAAUCUUUAUUGAGUGCUCAAUCUCUGAAAGUCCAAGUCUCCAUUUCCAAUGAAAUCCUCAAGACUCUUCUACUGAAUAAAUUCAAGUUAGAAAAUGAAGAGCAGAUUGAAAAAGUUUUCCAAGUUUUAGACUCAAUAAUUUCUAACAAAGAGACAAUUACUGUUGCGCAAGAUUUGAAAGUGGAGGAAAUCAAUAAGCGAUCUGAGAAUGCUGGUGGUGAGGUGAAUGAAUAUCCAUAUGAAACACUGGUUAAGCAGGAGAACUUGGCCAAAUUAUUCCAUUUGAUCUAUAAUUCUAAUCCAAUUGCUCACUCGAAACUUCUUUCCACUGCUCAAGCCUUUGUGAGCCAGAAGAAGAACAAACUUACUAAAUUUCUAUAUCCUUCAUUGAUAUUCGAUUAUUUGAAACUUAUCAAAAGAUUACACUUCAGAAUCGGGAAAGUUAGCCAGAAAUCCAUGAAUUUCAGUCCUGAGUUGAAAUCUGAGCUAAUUGCUAGUUAUGAAUUGGAGCUUAAAAGUGUUUUCCAGAAGGUUUCCAAGUUAGCAGAUGAAUUAUACAACCAAGGCGAAUUGGAAUUGUCAUUGAAAUUAUUGAUUUCAAUUUCAGAAACUUCCAACGCAAUUGGAAACAAUGGGUUCACUAACGAGUUUUUCAUCAAAAUUUACUCUAUCUAUGAAGAGAUGAUUAGCUCAAAACAACAAUACCAGAUUAUCAUGCAAUUAAUUUCCACCUUGAUUACAUUUUACAAAAGCUUUCAGAAUGGGACCAAUUCUGAUAAAGAAAAUUAUGAUUUAUUGAUUACCAAAGCCGUUUUAUAUUCUGCAAGGUUACUCAAAAAGCCUGAUCAGUGUAGAGCUGUGUUUUCUGCGUCUCACCUUUGGUUCCAAUCUACAGUUUUAGCAUCAACAGAUCCAUCAGCGCCCUCAACAGAUGCUUCCGCUGAAGAAAACGACAAUAAAAGAAUCUUGGAGUGCUUGCAAAAGUCUCUUAGAAUUGCUGAUAGCUGUAUUGAGAGUUCAGUCACUGUUGAAUUGUUUGUGGAGAUUUUGAAUGAGUGUAUUUAUUACUACAUUCACAGUAAUUUCAUUGAUGCCAAUUAUAUUAAUAAUCUUAUUGAAUUGAUUAAAACCAACUUGUCAGAAGUUGAUGAUUUGCCUAUAAAACAUUUCAAAAGAACAUGUGAAUAUAUUGCAAGACAAAAAGAAAUUGAUGAAAGAUUUCAACUAGUUAGAUAUUAA